AGGGUGAGAGGGUGGGAGAGAGCGAGAGAAAGAGAGAUAGAGAGAGAGAAACCGUUGCAUGGAAGUCAUCUGUUGUAAUUUAACUCUGAACGACAGUGACACAGAAGACUCAUCAGUUUAAUAAUUAAUUUUCGUGACUGUAGCUGUGUUUUUUUCAUGAAAGCUGUGAAUUAAAGCUUCUUUUGGAAUAGAGAGAGUGAAGUUCAUCAGUCCUGCCAUCUUUCUAACACACAUCCAUCAUGGCUUUGCUCCAGACGUUUUUGAAGUUGCGAGGGUCUGCGCAGUCGGUGACUCGGGCCUGGGGUUGUGCACCCGUGAUGGUUGGAAGCAAAAGAUGCCAACACACAGCACCUCAGGAUACUUGUAACUGGCAGCUGCUAGACGACUGCUUUGAACUCCGUUAUGGUGGUCUUGUGAUGCACUUCAACUACGUGUGGCUGAGGGAUCACUGCCGCUCUGCCUCGUGCUACAACUCCAAAACCAACCAGCGCAACUUAGACACCGGCAGCAUUGACCUGGACAUCCGGCCCACGAAGACCCGGGUGGACGAGGAGAAUCUCUUCCUUACAUGGCCUGAUGGUCACAUUACACGCUACAACCUGGCCUGGCUGGUGAAGAACAGCUACGAGGGCCAGAAAUUGAGUGCUAUACAACCACGCAUCCUGUGGAACUCAGAGAUUUACACCAACGCUAAGGUGCCUUCCGUCAGCUGGGAAAAGUUCAUGAACUGUGAUGAAGAGCUGAAGUCAUUUCUGAACAACUUCUUACUGUAUGGCAUUGCGUUUGUAGAAGACGUUCCAGCCACAAUCGAUGCAACUGAAACAGUGACCAAAAGAGUUAGCGUUAUCAGAGAGACGAUCUAUGGCCGAAUGUGGAGCUUCACCUCUGAUUUUUCCCGUGGUGACACAGCAUACACAAAGCUGGCCCUGGACCGCCACACGGAUACGUCUUACUUCCAAGAGCCUUGUGGGAUUCAGGUGUUCCACUGUCUGAGGCAUGAGGGGACAGGCGGCAGGACUCUGUUAGUGGACGGCUUCUACUCAGCAAACAAAGUGCUCAAGCAGUCUCCUGAAAACUUCGAGCUUCUCUCACGUGUCCCCAUCAAACACGAGUUCAUUGAGACCCUCGGCAACCAUAGCAACCACAUGAUCGGCAUCGGCCCUGUUCUCAACGUCUACCCCUGGAACAAUGAAGUCUACAUGAUAAGGUAUAACAACUAUGACCGUGCCGUGAUAAACACAGUUCCUCACAGCGUGGCACAGCGCUGGUAUGUGGCACACAGACAGCUCACAGACGAGCUCAGGAAACCCGAGAACGAGCUGUGGGUCAAACUCAAACCGGGCAAGGUUCUCUUCAUUGAUAACUGGCGAGUGCUGCACGGUAGAGAAUCCUUCACAGGACUUCGUCAGCUCUGUGGCUGCUAUUUGACCAGAGAUGAUGUGCUCAACACAGCUCGCUCCCUGGGCCUUCAGGCUUGAUCUUCAGCUGACCAGCACAAGAACACCAAACACCAAAGAACAAGCUUAAUCCACAUAGUCUAGCAAAAACCCAGAACUGCAGAAUUGCUGAAAUCUGCGAAUCUCAUAAGUUCACAUUCACACAUUUUAGUUAAAGGGUAAGGAGUUCUGAGGAGUUCCUUAUCACUACAAGCAAGGAAUCAUUCUUAUGGUUCUAUCAGUUUUAUUAAAGAUACGUUAGAAGAAUACACACAGGGAACUGAGGCUGGGCGAUACAAGGAAGAACAGUUCUAGCACUUUGACCAUGAUGAUAUUCAUGGUUAUGCUUUCAAUUAAAAAUGAAAAUGUUUUAAUGUUGGAAGGGUUGUACUAACACACCAUGGUUUAUGUUCAUGUAUUAUAGUCUUUUAUGAGCGAAACUUGCAAAUAAAUGUAGUCUGCUGUAAUAAUAUCAGCAAAAUUGUGCUGUCAAAGACAGUCAAAAGACAAUACAGUAAUUUACUGUGUGAAGAAUUGACAUAGAUAAACUGUAAGAUGUUGCGGUAAUCAAACUUCCAGAAAAACACAGUUAUUAUUUUACAGUUCUUCCCAAGGUGGUAAAUUGACAUAUAAACCAACAAAUAUUACAGUAAUUAACCUUUCAGUAAUAGAUAAUUGUAAUUGUAUCAAUUUAUAUUGUAAUACACUAACAUCAAAUGCCAAAUUACAGUAAUUAAGGUGUCAUUAAAACAGUUACUGUUAUUUUA